AUGUCGGAGCUCAGCGAUGAAGCCAGUGAGCCGGAGCUGCUGAACCGCAGCUUGUCCAUGUGGCAUGGGCUGGGUGCGCAGGUCAGCCGGGAGGAGCUGGCCGUCCCCUUGGAUCUUCACACAGCUGCUUCCAUUGGCCAGUAUGAAGUGGUGAAGGAAUGUGUGCAGCGGAGAGAGUUAGAUUUGAAUAAGAAGAAUGGUGGUGGCUGGACCCCGCUGAUGUAUGCUUCCUACAUUGGACACGAUACCAUCGUGCACCUGCUGCUCGAGGCGGGGGUGAGUGUGAAUGUGCCGACCCCGGAAGGGCAGACUCCGCUGAUGCUGGCUUCCAGCUGUGGCAACGAGAGCAUCGCCUAUUUCCUCCUCCAGCAAGGUGCUGAGCUAGAAAUGAAGGACAUUCAAGGCUGGACUGCCCUCUUCCAUUGCACCAGUGCUGGGCACCAGCAGAUGGUCAAGUUCCUUUUGGACAGUGGAGCGAACGCCAAUGUGAGGGAGCCCGUAUAUGGAUUCACUCCUUUGAUGGAAGCGGCUGCCGCUGGCCAUGAAAUAAUCGUGCAGUAUUUUCUGAAUCAUGGAGUCAAAGUGGACACGAGAGACCACAGUGGAGCCACAGCCCGGAUGCUGGCCAAGCAGUAUGGACACAUGAAGAUUGUGGGGCUGAUAGACGCUCACUCACCUUCUCUGCCUAAGAGCCUCUACCGGAGCCCAGAAAAAUACGAAGAUCUGAGCUCUUCAGAUGAAUCCUGCCCUGUCCCUCAGAGACAGAGGCCCUGUCGGAAGAAGGGCCUCAGCAUCCACGAGGGGCCGCGGGCCUUGGCCAGGCUCACAGCUAUUGGACUCGGAGGCAGGAUACAGCAGCCUUGCUAUGAACAGGUGCCUCCACGGGGCUAUGUCACCUUCAACAGCAGCGAUGAGAACCCCCUGGAAGAGGGGGGCCUCUGCUACAGGGACGUCACCUCCCCCAUCAAUGAGCGGGAUGUGGAGAGCAGCAGCAGCAGCAGCCGGGAAGAGCACGCCUUCUGUGCCCACCUCGGGGCCGCGCGGAGCAGCAGCAGCAGUGAGGGCCUGGCCCAGGCCCCGGAACUCAGCAGCGAGGCCUCCCUGGAGAGCAAUGAGGACUCGGAUCAUGCGCGGAAAAGCUCGGUUCGCAAACAAACUAAAAGCUACGUGAAGACCAAGAAUCGUUACAGCAGCAGCGACAGCCAGUGGCCUCCUGGCACCGGGACUUCCUGUGCCCCAAGAUUGAUCCCCCAGACUGACGGGUCCCCCUACUCAGGACCCCAGGACCUCGCCACGCUGCUGGAGCAGAUUGGCUGCCUCAAAUACCUGCAGGUGUUUGAGGAGCAGGACGUGGACCUCCGCAUCUUUCUGACCCUCACUGAGAGCGACCUGAAGGAAAUCGGCAUCACGUUGUUUGGGCCCAAGAGAAAGAUGACCUCUGCCAUCGCCCGCUGGCACAGCAGCGCCCGCCCCCCCAGUGAUGCCUUGGAGCUGGCCUAUGCCGACCGGCUUGAAGCCGAGAUGCAGGAGCUUGCCAUCCAGCUGCACAAACGCUGUGAGGAGGUGGAGGCCAUGCGGGGCCUGGUGUCACAGGAGCAGGAGCUGCGGGCCGUGGUGGAGAGCUGCCUCCUGGAACAGGACGGCGCCCGCAAGGACGUCCACGCACAGUUGCAGGAGACCUGGGCCCUGGCCCGGGACGCUGCGCUCGUCCUGGACCAGCUGCAAGCCUGUCAAGCUGAGCUGUCCGCCCGAGUGCAGCAGGAUGAAUCCCCGCUCGAGGCCAUGCUGGGCCCAGGCCUCCCCACAGCCGACUCCAAAGGCUGGCAGGCCGCCUUGCAGGCCCUGAGCCUCCCUCAGCUGUCGGGAGCCCUGGAGGAUCGAGUCCGGGAGAUGGGGCGAGUGCUCUGCUUAGUGACCCAGAGCCUGGAGAAGCUGCAAGUGCUGAAUGGGAAGGAGAACUGGCGGGAGCCUUAG